ACACAGACGACUUAACCGUCACACCGCCGAUACCUUCGUCCCUUCUCUCUGUCUCUGAAAUUCUACAUCUCCAUUUCACCGCCGAUUAAACGCAAAAACGGUCGAUUGCAUCCAGUCUUUUGAUCGUCUCGGUGUUGGAUGCUGUUUUGGAAACUCUGAUUGAGUAUUGUUCAAUUAGGGGAAAGGGUAAAUAAACAGAAAAAUGAUUGCGGAUUUCCACCUAUUGCGGACAAUCAGCGCCGCGAUGCGCCACCGCCAAAUCGGGGAAGGCCUCUCCAAUAUCCAUCGCCGCUUGUUACACCUCGGUCCAGACACCGUUGAAGAGUUAUUCGAAAGGCAUGUAGUGAAGGACGAUAACAAGCACCUCGAUGAUGACGAAAAGGAACUUUUGACUCGGCAGCGACUCACCAGCACUCGCCGCGAGGCUCUAAGCCUGUACCGUGAUAUCAUCCGAGCGACUCGCUUCUUCAUGUGGCCUGACUCGCGAGGCGUCCUUUGGCGCGAUGUUUUGAGGGAAAAUGCGCGCAAGGAAUUCGAGGCUGCGCGCUUUGAGAAGGACCCGGAGGUAGUGACUCGGCUGCUUAUCGGAGGACGGGACGCAGUGCAGGCGGCGAUCGAUAAGCUCGUGGAGAAGCAGAAGGAGCAAAUCGAGAAGGAAAGCAAUGAGUCGCGCCGCUGAUGAUGUUAAUGAAGCCUUCCGAGUGUUCACCGUUUUCUUCAACAUUAAAAGCGUGCGACCAACAUAACAUGGGUUAAUUGGACAACUGCGUAUGGGUUUCAUGUGAAGUCGUAAGAUUUUCCAGCAUUGUUAUUGUAUAAGGAAAAGUUGUAAACUAGGCAAUUUAAAUGGAUUCAUACUUGUUUUUGAACUCUUUUUUUCCCUUGGAGAAGGGAAGUUUGUAAAACAGGCAGUUCAUUAGAUUUACUACUUCUUUAGUGGGAAAAAUCACAAGAGUUAAUA